CUCUAAAGAGGAGUAAUGCGCGAACGCUGGAAGCAGUGCUGAUUGUGCAAAUUAACGCACAGAUAUCAACACUUAGUAAAUUGUUCUAAAGACUGAGAGAUGUCAGCCAGAGAGAUUCGACGUCUUGAUGAGGUGGUGGUGAACCGUAUCGCAGCUGGAGAGGUUAUCCAGAGACCUGCCAAUGCUUUGAAGGAGAUGAUUGAAAACAGCUUGGAUGCAAAAUCAACAUCAAUAACAGUGACUGUAAAACAGGGAGGCCUGAAACUGCUUCAAAUCCAGGAUAAUGGGUCGGGUAUCAGGAAAGAUGACAUGGGUAUUGUAUGUGAAAGAUUUACCACUAGUAAACUGUCCAGUUUUGAAGACCUCAACUCCAUAGCCACCUACGGUUUCCGUGGCGAGGCUUUGGCGAGUAUCUCACAUGUAGCACACGUUACCAUAGUAACCAGAACCGCAGACUCAAAAUGUGCCUUCAGGGGCAAUUAUCUGGAUGGCAAGUUAAAGGAUGCUGUGAAACCAUGUGCUGGUAAUGUGGGAACCCAGAUUACGGCAGAGGACUUGUUUUAUAACAUAACGACACGCAGAAAAGCACUGCGGAGCCCAGCUGAAGAACAUGCUAAAAUUGUUGAAGUUGUCAGCAGGUAUGCUAUUCACAAUUGCAAUGUGGGAUUCACAUUAAAAAAGCAUGGGGAAGGCAUGGCGGAUGUACGGACACCAACUAACUCCAGCUAUGUUGACAACAUCCGCACAGUAUUCGGACCAGCAGUAGCAAGGGAACUUUUGGAAGUGGAGCACACAGACGACAGGUUGUCUUAUAAGUUACAUGGAUUUGUCACAAAUGCCAACUACAACAUGAAGAAAGGCACACUCCUUCUUAUCAUUAAUCAUAGACUGGUAGAGUCAAGUGCCCUCAAGAAGGCUAUAGAUCUUGUUUACCAGGCCUAUCUCCCGAAACACACUCAUCCAUUCCUCUACCUCAGCUUGGAAAUAGCUCCACAGAAUAUUGAUGUCAAUGUUCACCCAACAAAACACGAGGUACGCUUCCUACAUGAAGAUGCAAUCAUAGAGGGAGUACAGAAGGUUAUAGAAACUCGCCUGCUAGGGUGUAACUCAAGUAGAACAUACUUUGUACAGGCUCUGUUGCCUGGGGCGACCAGCAUUCCUGAAACUGACAAGGAAGUAGCAAAGUCUUCUGCAGCAGAAUCAUCAAACAAGCCAUAUGCCCAUCAGAUGGUCAGAACUGACAGUAAAGAUCAGAAAUUAACAGCAUUCUUUAAACCACCCAAUCAAAACACUGCUCAGAAAUCAACCAAUCAAAAUGCAGCACUGGAACAAACCAAUCAAAAUGAAGCUCCGGAAGCCAAUCAAAAUUCCCAAGGCAGUGGAAAUCAAGAAAUGGAUAUUGACAAACCAACCACAUCAAAUAAGAAUAGCAGUAGUCCAGUGUCCCUGCCUAAAUGUGGCAGCCAACCAAAACGACGAGAAAUUCGCCUUACCAGUGUGCUAGAUCUCCAGAAGGCAAUUAAAAACAACAUGCAUUCAGGAGUGCGGGAAAUGUUUGCCGACCAUGUGUUUGUUGGAUGUGUGGAUGAACAGUUUGCCUUGAUACAACAUCAGACAAAACUGCUUUUAGUCAAUACCACAAAACUCAGCGAGGAACUGUUCCACCAGCUGUUUGUAUUUGAUUUCGGCAACUUUGGUCUCCUUCGACUUUCGGAGCCAGCCCCGAUCUAUGAGCUUGCCAUGAUGGCCUUGGAGAUGGAGGAGAGUGGCUGGACAGAUGGGGAUGGGCCGCGGGAAGACCUGGCCUCGUACAUCGUCAACUUUCUCUCAUCCAAGGCAGACCUGCUACUGGAUUACUUCUCCAUAGAAAUUGAUAAGUCAGGAAAUCUAUGUACCUUACCCCUCGUGCUGGACAACUACGUGCCUGACCUUGAAGGGCUGCCCAUGCUGGUUCUUAGAAUAGCCACCGAGGUUGACUGGGAAGGGGAGAAGGAAUGUUUUGAGUCAUUUUCCCGAGAAAUGGCUUCAUUUUAUGCAGUCAGAAAACCUCUCUUUGCUUCGAGCACAGCUGCAGUAGACUCAAAGAAUGACGGUGAAGAGAGAUCGUCGUGGCGAUGGACCGUAGAACAUGUUCUUUACCCGGCGUUGCGAACCUUUUUCUACCCACCCAAACCCAUGGCAACUGACACGACCGUCCUGCAGAUAGCUAACUUGCCCGAUCUGUAUAAAGUGUUUGAGAGGUGCUGAGACUGAACAAAACAUAGAAUUUCUAUAUACCCGGCAGAUGGAAUGGCAUAUAGUCUCUUAGCAACUUGAUCGAUUCAUAAAGUAAAGAUGCUGAGACCUGAAAGAUGUUAUAAGUUUCAUUAAGAAAUUAUUAUGUUAUACUUUCACAGCAACAGAUGGGAGCUUCUUUUAAAUCAAUGACUUGCCAGAAAUGUGAAUGGUGAAUACUGAAUACAUUACUUUUCAUUCAUGUCAACUCUAAGCCCAAGCAGACUGGAGUGUUCUCAAGAUGCUUACUGGCUCAUGUUUAAUAGUUGUUGGAUUGUGAUGAUUCAUGUAAUACCCCAAUUUCAGGGAACAGACUUGUGUCUUCAGAUAGCUAACUUACCUAAUCUCUAUAAAGUGGUCAAAAGAUGUGGAGUCUUAAUAAAUAUCAUUGUAUUAUGUAGCCUCGAAGCUUUUGUUACUGACUGUAGCCUUAUACAGCAGCGUUCUACAGACAAUUUCUUAGUCUAAUCGGUAUAAAGUGUUUGAAAGUUGUGGAUUGUUAUGUGUGGACUGGAUGCUAUCCUUCUGUUCGAGGGGUAAUGUAGCCUCUAUGCCUUCACAGUAAAACAGCCUCUAGGC